AUGGUGUUGUCCCCAAUCAAAGCUAUCAAUAGAUCCCCACUCAAAGAAACAGAUGCGAAUCUCCGAGGAGUACCAUUAAAUGAAAACGGAAAGGAAAUUCAACUUGUUCCAAGUCAAGAAAAAAACGAUAGUAUUAAAUAUAGUCAUAAUUAUAACAAUAAGAAUGAUGUUGAUCACAGCAAAUCUUACAGUGGUUCAAAUGAUCAGAAUAAUAAUACUUUGCUUGUGAGGAAAAGAAUAAUAGAAAGAUCAGAACCACAACAAAAAAAGAAACCAAGAGUGGAGAGAGCCAGGUCUAUUGAAGGUGCAGUACUUGUAUCUAAACCAGCAGCUUUGAAAAAUGUACAAAAUAAAGUGACUCCAAAAGAAUUAUUAGAUUGGCAAAACAAUUGGAAGAAAAUUCUGAGACGUGACUCAAGAAUAUAUUUCGAUACAACUGAAGAUAGUAUAGACAAUAUAAAGACCAAAAAAGCACUUGAUAAAAAAAGAGACUUGUUGAAAAGGGGAUUUUUAUCACUUGGUGCCGAGAUAACUCAAUUUUUUGACACUAGUGUCACUAUUGUUGUCACUGCCAGACUUACGGAAAAUAUACAUUUGCUUAACGAUAAGGAUAUAUUAUCUCGAGCUAAAAAAAAUUUUAUGAAAGUCUGGGGUUAUGAAAAAGCUUUCAGGUUCUUGACAAAUUUGGAUGUAGAUUUCAAUGCUCUAAUAAAAAAUAAAUCACCAAUUUUAGCUACUCCUACCCUAUCACAUCUACUAGAAAAUGAGAAACUGUAUGGUCCUACUGAUAGAGACCCAAGAACUAAAAGAGACGAUAUACAUUAUUUCAAACACUCCUACGUUUAUAUGUAUGAUAUAUGGCAAACUUGGGCUCCAAUAAUCACAUUAGAAUGGAGGCAACAAGACUUGGCUGACGAGAAUAAUUUACCAUAUCCAACUUUAAAAAUGGGCACUUUUGGUAGAUGUCCAUUUAUUGGUGAUAGAUAUUGUAUAGAGAAUUCUGCUAAAAGAAUUCUUAAAAGAUAUAAAAGAGAUCAAAUUAAUUUACCGUAUGCGUUGAAACUACGUCAAUUAUAUCAAUAUCAUGCAAUUCCAAGCAAAUCAGAUUGUGAUGCUGUUGCAAAAGGUCUAAUAUUUUUACCACAUGCCUGCCAAGAUUCGUCGUUAAUGUAUCAGAAAUUAAUUAAGGGAAGUGAACAUAACCAUCAAUCAACUAAUACACAAACGGUAGCAGAGGUAAAAACAAAUGUUAAUCAAGCAUCAAAAUCUAACUCAAUAAAUAACGAUAAAUUCAACAUAAAUGGUGAUAUUAACGCCAAGGUUACUCAAACCGUCGAAAGGAAUGAUAAAGUAGAAGAUACACAAGUAUCUAUUAUGGAAAUAUCUAACCCUAAUGAUGCAGAAAACAAUGUAUUUGCACUACAGGUAAAUGAAAAUAAGAGGAAGAAUGAUAAUAAUACCAAUGGGAAAAAGAAACUUGUAGAAAAAACGUGGAAAGAACCAGUUUCGAUACCAUCUUUGAAAAAUAUACCAUUAAUUCCAUUAAGCAGACAAGAGACCGAAGAUUUACCAGACGACCUAUGUGCUACAUCAAAAAGACAAUCAAGGGUACCCUUUGAGAUCAAAGCAAGUGGAGCUCAUCAAUCUAAUGAUGUUGCCACGUCCUUCGGUAAUGGAUUAGGUCCAACUAAAUCCACUGUUAUGAGUAAAAAUAUUAGAACUUUGAAUAAAUUAGUUGAUAGAAAGUUAGAUGGUCCAGCAAAAAGAUAUUCAAAUUCUAAUGCAGAGGUACCAUAUUCCAGAAACUCUAGAAGCACUAUCAAUGGAGGUGCACCAUUAUUAAGUAGAGGUGGUUCAAACUUAAAACAUUCUUUUGGAAGAGAAUCCAUUUCCAAGGACGACAUCAAUAAUAACAAUCAACAACAGAAGAAAAUAUCUGACCAGGUAGGAGAUAAAGAUAACAAACCUGUAAUUAGAAAACAACCGGUAAAAAAUUCAGGUUACUGUGAAAAUUGCAGAGUCAAGUACGAGUCAUUGGGCGAACAUAUUUUAUCUGAGAAACAUCUAAGUUUUGCUAAUAACGAUUUAAAUUUUGAAGCUAUUGACUGUUUAAUAGAUAAACUAGGCUUUCAAUUUUAG